GCCGCGAACGUGAGUGGGUCAGUACGAUUCGUCUGCUACUGCUAGUGCCAGUCGUGUUGGUGCAGUGGAUGCAUGUGGAAGCACAUAAAGCAAGUCCUCGUUUAAUUUCUGACAAGCUAACACACCCUAUCCAAAAAACUUCAAAUCCUAUUAGGAGUUCGUUUAGAAAGUCAAAAUGGAGUUCAGAUUUGAUGUAAGGAGUAUCCUACUGGAGGACAUAAUGAAAGUAGAUAACUCUCUCAUCAUCAAAGGAUGGAAUUCGAAAACACGUUUUCGAUCAUCGUCCUUUGCCCAGGGCCUGAGUAACGUCAUUACCACAGCGGAAAAGAUUCAAAAUUCUGAUCACAUUCUCUACCUCAUGAAGGAGGAUGACCCUACCAGCCGCGCAGCUGUGGUGGUAGGCAUGUUGAAGAUCGGCAGGAAGAAGCUGUUCCUUGUCGACCCUGAGCGCCAGACCAAGGAGGUCGCUCCGCUCUGCGUGCUCGACUUCUACGUGCAUGAGAGUCGCCAGCGUCGCGGCUAUGGGCGUCGCCUCUUUGAUUACAUGCUUCAGGUCAGGCUUACAUUUCCAUUACAUGCUUCAGUCACAGAAGAGGAGCAGCAGUUGACUGCUGUGAACCGCUCUCGCGGUGGUUCAAGAACCGGGUCCAGGACCGGAUCCCUGACGGGGUCCCGGGCGGGGUCUCGAGGAGUGUCCCCCGAGCUCCCCGGCACCCCCACCUCCACCUCCCCCUCCGCCGCCCGGCGUCUCCCCCACGCUAACUCCAACAACCCCGCCGGCAAACCCACCCAUGGUCCUCGGCACAGCGCCAUGGCGGACAUCCUUCACGGCCGCGUGGACAGGCAUACGCCUGCAGCACACAAAAACCCGCGCUACCAGCCCACUCUGGAGUGGAUGAAAACUGAGGGAGGUGAGCACUACUCCCGGACCCCCAGCAACCCGGGGUCCCCCCUCUCCAGGACUCCUUUGGCAGGCUCCCCUCCCCCCGUCCCCAGGGGCGUCAGGACCCCCGUGGGGGCUGAUCGCGUCGACUUCGUUCGCUCGAGGGAGGCAUCAAUCGCCCCCACGCCCGCCACGUCCCCCAGCUCCGGCAGGCCCCCAGCACCCGCCCCUGAGGAGGUCAACGGCGUCGCCCUCAAGGAAGAAGAGACUGGAGAAGAGGAGCAUGGAGGAGAAAAGGGGCAGAAUGGAGAAGAAAAGGCGCAGAAUGGAGAAGAAAAGGCGCAGAAUGGUGAAGGCGAAGUUCAGGAAGUCGCCGAGGAGCUAAAGAGUUUAUCUCUGGCAACCACGCCUCCAGCGUCUCCUGGAAAGACGGGCAACUGGCGCGAUAGCAUCGCCCGCAACAGCGAGGAUGUCAUCAACCACAUAUCGAAGCCGGACUGCGAGGGCACCUCCGCAGGGGUACUCAAGGAAAACGAGUCCGUGCAUGGACACCUCAAGUUCCACCACCACAAGCUCUGGUAAUGUAUUACUAGAUGAAGCUUAUGAGACGAACGCCUGUAUGCUCACGGCCUAGCCACGGCGCUGCAGAAAUGGACAAUUCGACCUGAGCUCGUGGUAUGGUACUGAGGCAAGUUCAUAGAUUAUUAUGACACACUCUUCUCUCAGGUUCUUAUCAAAUUUAAUAAAUGAGUAUGAUGUCUUCGGAUUAUAACAUUGCAACAAAAAUGGCGGAUAAUGUAAUACCUAAAGAUUUUUUUAAGUUUAUGAUGAAUUCAAAUCUUGAAGUAAAUUUUAACACCUACUGGCACUAUAUAAAGUGCUUUCACUAGAUUUAAUAUAUCUGUGUCGUCAAACGAUAUCGAUAAUGACCUAAGCAUUCAUAAGCACCGACGGAAAAUGAAGUUUCUGUUUUAUGUUCUGGUUUAAAUGAUGACAAGCGUAACGAUGGAAUCUUACAGUUCCUGAUUGUAAUAGACUAUGACACUUGUCAUUCAUGUGUAGAGAUUACGGCAGCUAAAUAUACUCGUAUUUCGUUUACGACUAGCUUUUAAUGUGGGUUGGUAACUAUACUUGUGCGAAUGAGUAAGUCUAUAUGCUAUUGGACUCUUUUAUUAUGACCGUACACGUUUAUAAAUUUUAGUUCCUUUCUAUCGGUAGGCUCAAUGAUUGAAAAUUGUAACGACUAAAAAAUUAUAUACAUUAAACUUUGCAGAUUUUAGUAAAUUCUAACGAAACACCACAUUAGUGUAACUAUUAAGGAGCUUCUGUAGAUAUUCCUGCUUCAUUAGGGCCAGGCUGCAAGCGUUGUGAUACACAAGACUAAGAAGCAGAGCUCGUAGAAACUUUUCGUGAAGUCUCCUUUUUCUUCUUAAUCCAACUAAGGGCACGCUACAGUAUGUAUGGAAGCCAGAUUAUCUUUCAGAUUAUUUUAAAUCAACGUUUCGCAGCAAGUGUUACAACUGGCCUAAGUCGCAUUUUUCGCAACACCAGAAAUACAAUUGUCUUAUCUGCUCUCAAUUAUUUUAUAUUUGAAAUCCAAAAUGACAGAUUAUUCUCAUUUCACAACCACCAACAUCAAUGAUAUCGGUUCUGUGUAGUGACCUAAUUAAUUAUUCUUUGAUAUAAUGUUCCUUUCUCAAUAAAUAGAUUGCUUAUAAUGCAGAAACGGAAGUUUUAUGUGUUUCAUAUGUACAAGCUCGCGAUUACCGUAAAUAUAUCGCGCCAAGUUGUUCAAUGCAUCACGAUCUUUAAAUUCGCUUCCGUUCUUUUCGUACACUUCUGCUUCAGAUGAUAUCUUGCUUUGGCGUGUGGCGUGACACAUCGAUUAGUUUAAUCUUUUAUUGCGGCUAGGGUUGCUUUAGUAGUAUUUUUGAGCUAAUCGGUGGAGCAUAAUCUAUACUUGAGUUAUUUCAAUACGCCCUGCUCUUGUGGGUCUGUUACACUCUUCCUCUCCUGAACUUUCUUUUGACGCCCAAAUUUUCCUCGUUAACUCUGCUUGUAUUAGUAGAAUGUCGCUGCUCUUGCAAUCUCUUGCAAGAGCAGAAUGCUGAGAAUGUGAAGCUGAGCCAGCUUAGAAUGGGAAGAUUUCCGAGAAGAGAACAUUUUGUGUUUCUUUUUCUAUUGCGGGUACAAAAUACACUGAAACCAAAGCCUUGAUCCAAUUUGCCGAUGGCUCUCAUGUGGCAACUUAUACGUUUAAUUCAUGUAUAUUUGAUGUUGUAUAUAUGAUCUGUUCAUUUGUUUAUACAUCGGAUUUUGUGUUCUCCAUUCCGUGUCGACGGCACAAGGAAGAUGAAUUUAAUCUUAGGUUCUGCCGUUCUGGUUAUUUGCAGGAUCGGAAAACUUCUAAAAGGUUAUUUCUUAUUUCGAAUAACUCUGUGUGAGAUUUACUUGAAAACUAAGUUGUUCCAGUAAAGGUUAGGUUAGCUUUCCUGCAGUUACAUCCAGCUGGCCUCAUAUCAACUAAGUCUUUAUAUCAUGCCUUAUGGAGAACCUCGAAAAUGAUUCUCACUCUUGAUUUCUUUAUCUUUGGGAAGGUAUUGCUUCAUAGCUCAUACUGUUUAUCUCUUAAGGUAGCUCGCGAACUUGUGCAUUGUUAAUUUUUAGAACCGAGGGCGAUCUUAUCUUACAAUACAAGACUAAAAAAUAUUUUUGUUGAUUAUAUCGCAACUUUGUUUUGCGUCUUCUUUAAUAUGAUCGACGGAAAAAUUGUUUCGAAACCUUUAAAUUGAUUACCUUGAUUGGCGGCUCGACUAACAUCUAUUGCGAUGAAACUAAGUUAGCAUGUCGCUUGCGAGUGUAAGCUGGCAUCAGUAAAUGUUCUUGUAGCUUAAGAUAAGUUAAUGGAUUUCUCAGAUUAAUAUUACAGGUAGGCGACGUCUUUCCCCCCAGUGAUAUCGGUGCCGAUAAAUUUGAACUUAGUUUAGAUCGAUUAGGUUUACUCUUCCCAAUAUUUCCUACGGAAUACAAAAAGUAAGUAUAAGCACAGUAUGGUGCACUUUAUGUAAUGAUAAUAUGUUGCAAGUUAUGAAUGUUGCUCAAAAAUUGUGCAGUUAAAACAGUUAUGAUUUGAUGCUUCUGUAACCGGUAAAGAUUCUUUCGGAACGGCUGGAGUCGGUGCACCAACUAAACAAUUUGAUUACGUAGUAGCAGUGUGAUCAUGGGGAAAGAAUGUGGCUAGCCGCAAGUAUGCGAGAUGGACCAAUGAAUUAUUUAUGAAGAAAUUAAGCAAUGUUCAGGUUAACGUGCGAUAGUUCUUUCGAAAUUUUUGGUGCAUAGAUGGCGACGCCUUUCUUGCAGUAGCAGAAAGUAGAUAUAGCACUCGUUUGUAAGCAAUCGUAAAAUUUAAAUCACCUGUGGAGCUUUAUUUAAGGUUGAUGUGAAUGCAGCUGUAAGAAUUUGUCGAGUUUGUAAAUCAUUGGUUGAAUAUUGUUGAAUUUAUUUGUUGCUCUGUAAGGAUAUGUUAUUUUUACGAAUAGCCACCAUGCUAUAGAAAUUUGAUACACACUUAUGCAAGGUAUUCAAAUUUUUCGCCAAAUAACGGCUCCAUCCUAUGUUCUUACAUCUUCAGUAAACUAUAUUAUGUAUUUGAAUUUCAAUGUACUUGGCGCAUAUUCGAACUUUUCUGUCAUUGUAUGCCUCUAAAAAUGUGUUGAUAACUAAGAACGAUUUCAUUUUUGCAAAAGACUGGUCGUAGCAAUGUUAGUAAAUAAUUUCUCUCA